GCGUGGGCGGCGGCGCGCUGGGCGCUGGGGUGUCGCGAGUCGGGGUCCAAGCGCGCGCGCGUUGGCCGCCCGCCAGCGGGGCCCCGAGCCUCCGAUUCCUGCCGAGUGUAGAAAGGAGAGAGUGAGCUGGGAGCGGGCUUUUGUCUGUUGGUCUCCCUGGACUGAAGAGGGAGGGUGGAAGGCCAAGACUGUUAUGAUUCUCAAAAUGGUUUAUUACCCAGAGCACUGUCUCUGGGUUAAUCAAGACCCAUUUCCAAAAAAGGAAAUGGAUGGGAGGCUUCCUAAGGGAAGACUUCCCAUCCCUAAGGAAGUGAACCGCAAGAAGAAUGAGGAGACUGAGGCUGCCUCCCUGCCUCCACUUGGCAGCAAUGAACGCCCAGGAAUCAGUUACCUCCACUCUUUUUAAAUGUAACACCUCCAUUUGUGUAUGGGUAUUGAUGAGGUCAUGGUAUCAUAUAUGGGAUUUUUUUCUGUGUAAAUCAUCAAGUAUAAGAAGAAACUAUGGGACUCUGAGCCUUGCUUUAGAGAAUUUACAGUGGGCAAAUAGGUAUCAUCAAACCAGUUUUUAAUCAUUCUGACUCAAGUGAAAACACUCAGAAUUUCACACUGUGAAUCCACGUUUACAACCCUUACAGGUGGGCCUUCAGGCCUGGUUCGCUGCGAUGACGUCUUCCACAACUCAAACUCCCACUGCUCUCAUACAACCGGUCCACUUCUGCCUUUCACUCAUACAGCUCCUGACUGCUUCUUGCAGAGGCUGAGAGUCCCCUCCCCCUUUUUUUCAUUUAGAUGUAACAAUUCUAGUAGUUUAUGUUCAUCGAUUGUCUGUAUAUCUCUAUAUUUUAUCCAUGUACUCUUUUGAUGUAUAGAAGUAGUUUGAAAUUCAUUGUUUCCUUGUGGUAAGUGACCGAGAUGCUGCCACAGGACCUGAGACACUGAUGAAUGGUGCUAUUUUGGACUUUCAACAUGCUCCUUGGCGAGGUAGCUCUGAUGGAGUUAUUUUUUAUUUCCAUGUUCUAAGAAGGUAUUGGUAUUCUGUUUCCCUGACUGUCGUUCUCUAGACUGGAUUGACUUGUUUUUCUUGUGUCUUCAGUGUGGCUUUCUUCUUCAGCAUUGUAGGUUGAGUGAAUGCUACCAGAGAGAGUGUAAGAGACUCAUGUCUCAUCGGCUGGCACUCAUGAACAGUCCCUGUAACGGGAGCAAUCACAAAACUGUAAUUUACUUACCAAAUCUCUUUCUUUUGGUAGCAUUGCCUGCCUAACUUAGAGAAAGAAAAGCAAUAAUUUCACAGGCAUUUUUAGGUGUCUCUUUUGGUUAUUUUGUUCAAAAGAGUCUUUGGGGAAAAUAUGCAAACUUUUAAAUAAAUAACCUCUAAAAAAUGUCCAAAAUGCUGGCAUCUGAAGAGGAAUAUGAAAAUUACACACCAAACCUAAAACUUCAGUUGGGAAAAAAAAUCUUUAUAAAAUUAAAUUUUUAAUAAAGGGCAGAGCCCUCCUUUUCUGCAGUUCUAAUAAGCAAGGUGUAGAAUUUACAUUUUUGUCCUUGCUCCCAAUGAAAUAGAUAAACAAAAAUAAAAUCAGACAAUACCAUCUUAAUGGAAUGUUGUUGUGUUAGCCAGUCUGAAAGCCCACCUUAAUUUUUAUAUUACUGUCUUUUAGCUCUCCUCGACAGGGCGGGCUUGUUCUGAACUGUUCUACUUCUGACUGUUAGACAUCAGGAUGCAUGCACUGCACUUCCUACUUCUCUUCUCGUUCCCCCAUUGCCUAAGUUUCUUGUGCAUUACCCCCCUCUCUCUAUUAGAAUAGGAAUAUCAGCUGUGUAAAUAGAGCAAGAAAAUAGUAUACUGCAUUGUGGCAUUUAUGUAGAGUUGCAUUGUGUAGUGCUGAAAAUGCAGGCUUUUGUAACAAUGUGUUCUUAACUGAUGCACUCAAGACAAGUACCCAAUGUAUUUUAGCUAUUUUAGUAGUAUUUGUUCAAUAAAUAUGCAAGCUGUAAGGUAA